GUAGAGCCAUAUACUCUGUCCAUCCUCCAUUGUGUAGUCAUUGUAGGCUAUCAGCUUCAGCGGCUACCUCGGCCUUUUCGGGGGCCUUUUUCUUGUUGUUGUGUCAGUUCCACACAAAAUGGCUUUACUAACGCCGAUAUUUGCUUUUCUGUAUCACCUGCCGCAGGUGUACAAGUGGCUGCUGAAGCCUUACUACGUAGCCUCUCUCUUCAUGUCGGUAGCCUUCCUAGCCGUCCGCAAGACGCCUGGCAUCUGCGACCAUCUGUCCACACAGCGAGAGGACGGCAACUCCUGUGACUUUGACUGGGUCUGUAGAAAAUCCUCAAUUGUCAAAUUAAUAAAUAUUCGGUUCAGACUAGCUUGCCAACCGUAGCGUGUAAGCAGUUGGAGGCGGCCAUUGAGAGUUGGACGUGCUAAGAGUGUCAGUGAGAGGCUGACAGGCCAAACUCUAUUAAAAAAACUGAAGAUUCAGGCUGCACCUCUCACAGGGAGAUAACCUCGCAUGCUAAAUCUGCGGUUUUGUCUCGGUAUUCAAAACGAAGGAUUACUUUAUAAUCGGCGGAUUGAAACGGAGUAAAAGGCGGUUAUGAAAACAUAGAAAUAACUGUAGUGUCAAUAGGCCAGUCAUGAAUGGUGGAAUGGUAGCUAGCCAAUGUUAGUCAAGGUUAGCAGAACUAUUCCAGUUGAGGGUAUGCUCAAGCAGGGUUAGAUACUUUGCCGAAUUUCACAUUAAAUCCCUUCUUAACUCCGAAAAGGUUUAAAACACUAGCUACUAGUAAAGUCUUACUCCGACCAGCCAUUUAACUUUAUAUGUUAGAUUUAUCAUAGGGUUUGGUGUAAGCAUGAGCAGUUUGAGUGAGCGUAGACCAGCAGGGAUGCCGUGGUGGUUGCAGAAAAGAUGCUCGUCAAGUUAUGGUAGCUUUAAUUAUUCUUUAUUUUAAGUUUACCGGCCCUUUGACCACAUAUUCUCAGUUACAGAUUAGUUGUAACAGGUGAAAAAGCCAAGUGUUCAGUUUUGCAAUGGGGCGAAGAUAUGUCGGGAUUUUUAUGGCAUAUUCACUGUCUUAAGUUAUCACCUUUCGUUAUUUUGUAUAUUUUUACGACAAAUUAAGAGAUACCAUUGAUCUGGAGUUCAUCAUUUAUGAUCAUUUAUGGUCAUUGUUUUUGCUAACCAAGUUAACACGGACUUUAAUAACUCAAAUACCUGUUUGAACAAAUUAAUCUGUGCAUGCAAUUUGUGCCAAGUACUACCAACAUAAAAGAAAAAUGUAGCAAUGGUUAACACGACUGGUAUUCCAAGUUCACUUUCUAGUACUGAUUGAAAGCAUCACCAAAAAAAUUCUGCACCAUCCCUUUCUAUUGGAUGUUUAAUUCCAGUGUUGAAAGUAGUUAUCUUGGGUUGUAAUUGCUCUUAAAAGUUGUUUCAGUGUUGCAGUAAUCUUUUUUUUUUCACCCCUGUUUGGAAAUGGAAACGUGCAUGGUUGACGUUUCAUUAAAAACAGGUUUUUACGCAGGAUGAAAGCAGUUUAAAUAGACUGGUUUACUGUGAUGUUUGUUUUCACAGAGAGAGGUGGAGAUCCUCAUGUUCCUCAGUGCCAUUGUAAUGAUGAAAAACAGACGAGCAAGUGAGUGUUGUAUUUUUAUUUUUUGUUCUGUUUCAAUUUAUGCGAGAAGAGAGAACUGUAAAGCAUCACAUACUGGGUCAAUUUUGCCAAUUUAGCAAAGUAUGAGAAAGUCAAACCCAAUCUUUAAUGCAGGCUUAAGUGUUUGCUCUUGUGGGAGAAUUUUCAGAGCUUCAGCACUGUCAGAGGGUGCUACACAUACCUUCCCCCUGACCAGCAGUUUGCACUGACCAGCUGUUUGGUUGUGUGGGCUGAAAGAGACCAAAACACAAAACAAGAACUAAAAUUAAAAAAACGGAACUAUCCCUUUAAUUUUCAUGCACUGAAGUAUGAUGAUAAGACUUACUUGUUAAUAGUUUGAUACAUGGACCAUAAUAAUGUAUUCCCUGACCUCUGGGCUCCUACUUCCCCUCAAACUCUUUCAAUACUUUCCAUACUUGCGUAGGAACCCUGAUAUUAUCCUCCAAUUAUUUAAAUGUUACCCUCUAAGGGUGGUCCAGGGAAAUUGUUUUAAAGGUCUCUAUGUUUCCUCUCAUGUCAGUCACGGUGGAGCAACAUGUAGGCAACAUCAUCCUGUUCAGCAAAGUGGCCAAUGUCAUCUUGUUCUUCAGACUGGACAUCAGGAUGGGACUCCUCUACCUGACACUCUGCAUUGGUGAGUCCAGCCUUCAGGUAGUUUCACUUAGGGGUGUGCGAUCUGACAAUCUUAGAUCGUGAAGGAUUAAAAAGUGACGACAAUCUGCCAAAGCAGAGAUCAUAGAACUGUCUGUAGUGUGCAUUGUAUCCCUAAUAUGUCUACAUACAUUUCUUCCCCUUUCAAAUCAAAAUUUUAUAAGUUAAGAGAGCACAUUUUAAUUUACCCACAGAAUUAAUGUGUUACACAAUAAUAAAAGUAACUGCAGUCGUGGAAAAAUCCACCGAAAAAUCGUCUCGGGCUGACUUACAUACCCCUUCCCUUUAGUCCUCAGUAAACAUCCAAUCACUGUUUAGUAUAGUAAGUGGUUUUUAUUACAUAUAAGAUUCUAAGACUUUUUUGUAAAUAUUGACAUUUGUGUGUGAAGUCUUAUUUUAGGUUAAAUUUUUUUUGAGAAUGAGGCCAUCCAUUUAAGAAAAUGUUUGCUUUUAUAAUCUGGAUUUAACCUUUUGUGUGUCUGUGUGUUAGUGUUUCUGAUGACCUGUAAGCCUCCUCUUUACAUGGGACCAGAAUACAUCAAGUACUUCAGUGACAAAACCAUCGAUGUGAGUUUAAUUAGAUGAUUUAAGCACCACAUGAUUUUAGAUUUUUAAAUCUUAAAUCACUAGUGUGUGUGUGCUUGUGCAGGAUGAGCUCGACAGAGACAGUCGCAUGACGUGGAUCGUUGAAUUUUUCGCCAACUGGUCUCCAGAGUGUCAGUCCUUUGCUUCAGUCUAUGCUGAUCUAUCUCUGAAGUAAGAUCCCCUAAACUUAAAACAGUUUAAGAUGUGGCAUUAAUAGGAACCAAGAAUGAGUUUUUUUAUUCUGUGUUUCAGGUACAACUGUGCUGGUCUGAAGUUUGGCAAAGUGGAUGUUGGACGUUAUGGAGAGGUUUCAAAGAAGUAAUUUCUGUUUUAUUAUUAAUUGAUGUAAUAUGACCCAAGUUCCACAAAAGCUGGGAUGAUGUGCACACUGUUGAUAAGACAGAAUAAGAAGUUUUGAGAUUCAUAUUUAAUUGGAAAUAGAGAAAAGACAAAAUAUCAGAAGUUGAAACAAAACAAAUCUGUAUUACGGUGUGCAUUUAUGUAGUGUGUAUCUGUUCAGUUUAUAUUUUUUUGCCAGCAACUUCCUCAUAACAGUUGGGCUAGGGUCGUGUUUACUGUUGUGUCGCCUGGGUCCAGUCCCCUUUUUUUGUAUUUUUUUGUCUAGGACUCCUCCAAAUGUUUUCAAUGGGGGACAAGACAGGACUGCAUCAGGCUAGUUCAUUAGUAGGACUCUUCUUCCCUAAAAAAGUCUUUGUCUGGAUGGCUGCAGAUGUUGCUCCUAAACCUGUAGAUAUUGUUCAGCAUUAAUGGAUCCUUUCUUCCAGGGCCAGAGAAGUCUCUAGUGUUCCUGGAUCCUAUUUCUAUCUGGUCUCCUCUUUUCAUGGUUAAAUUUUUAACACCAUUUGUGGAUGCAUGCAGUGAUAGACUGUUCAGAUAAGGCUUUUUGAGGUGAUUUUGAGCCCAUGCAGUGAUUUCCACUCCAGAGUUCCAUCUGAAGAUCAGGACCAUCCAGUCUUGGUUUUGGUCCUCAUCUCUUAAAUACAGAGAGUUCUCCAGAUCCUCUGAAUCUUUUAAUGAUAGUAUGAACUGUAGAUUAUGAAAUCCACUCAUUCUUUUACAUUUGACACUCAGGAACAUUAUUCUGAGACUGUUGAACUAUUUGCUCACGCAGUCUCUCACAGAGUGGUGAACCUCUUCUCAUCUUUCCUUCUGACAGACUCAGCCUCUCAAUGUCCUUUUUAUUUGGAGUCAUGUGGCUCACCUGUUUGAAACUAACUUAAUAUUAGUUGGAGAUGUUCCCCAGCUGUUUUUUUUUUUUUUUUUUAGUAAUACACAAUCUUUUAUCUGUUUGUUUGUUCUUUAAUAAUUUUUUACCUGUGUGGUUGUUCUUCUGACUCAACUAUUCAAAAUCAAUUCUAAUUCAUCUCCCAACCUUUCUCUUAAAACUUCCAAAUCUUUUUGAUGUCAACAUUUUACACAGUGUUCCAAGUUAUAUGGGGUUGUAGUUGUGAAAUAGUUGAAAAAUUAACUAAAGUAAUCAAGUGAACUAAUAUGAUAAAUGUCUUCAUGGAUUUAUUUCUACUCUGCAGGUACAAGGUUUCCACAUCCCCGCUGUCCAAACAGCUCCCUUCUCUAGUGUUAUUUCAGGGAGGGAAGGAGGUGAUGCGGCGCCCUCAGGUGGACAAGAAGGGCAGAGCAGUGUCGUGGAGCUUCACUGAGGUUAGACCAGGCAGUUAAUCCACUUCUAAUUAGAAAAUACAUGGCUAUCAACACUCAUCUGCACUUUAUAUUAGUUUCAAGGUCAGUGUAAAAUUCAAAAGUUUGUGUGAUUCUUGAUGGUUUCUUUGUUUUAGUUUGAGUUUUACAAACAUUUAAUGACAUCUUUACAAAACAAUAAAAUCUCAGAAUUUCAACAUGUAAUGAUUGAUUCAUUUAGUUUUAUAUUUAAUGCUUGUUAAUGGAGCCACGUCAAUAGGCCCUUUUCUGUAUUGCUUCGAUAAAAAAAUAGUUGUAUAGUGUAGCAUGUUAUUUUAUAGCAUUGUGAAGUUAGUUUAAACUUCAAAAUACCCCUUCUAGUCAACCCAAACGAGUAACAAAGAACAUGCUGCUUGCUGUACAGGUUUUUUUUUUUUUUAGAAAAGAUGUUUUGAUCUUUUAUUUUAUUUUAUUUAUCUUUAUCAAAUUUUCCCUCUGGGAUAAAUUAAGUUCUUGUCUUGUCUUGUGUUGUCAUACUCUAUUCCCUGCUGUUAUAACCAACCUGCUUUUCAUUUGAAAAAUUUCAUCAGGACUUCUGCUGCAUGGUAAAGUUACUCACAGCAUUAAAAGUCUGUUUUCUCUUUAAUAGGAGAACAUUAUCAGAGAGUUCAACCUGAACGAACUCUACCAGAAAUCCAAGAAGCUCAACAAGACCAAAGGAGACAAAAUCAGCCAAUCACAGUUCCCCCCUGUCCCAGAGGAGGAAGAGCCAGAGCAGCAGGGAGGUGACGCCCAAGGGGAGGAGCCUGAGUCCAAGAAGGACAAAUAAAGAUGGUUUGUAGCUCUCAGUGUGGACUUCUUCUGGUUGGAGGAUGAGGCUGUUCUUCAAAGUGUUCAGUUUGUCUGAUUGAGAAUAAGACCUUCUCCUCUUCCUCACUCUGGAAGCAACAGAGGAAGAAAUCUUAUUUACGUGUUUUUUGACCCUUCAGAGUCCUGGACUUCUCCAACUGUUGCUUGUGUCUCAGUAUCUUUCAUCUGCAUCAUUCAAGUUCAUUUUAAACUCACCUCCGGUGCAGCUGCAGAGACCUUUCCUAUUUUUUCUUUAUUAUUAAAACUUUAGCUGAAGAGCAACACAAGGAGGGUAGGUUGUUUAAAUCCUUCCAUCCAUCAGUUUAAGGCCUGACAAUGUGAAAUGCCGAACAAGUAUCUGUAUAUGAAGAUGAGCGACAGUGUACCGGCUCCUGUAUUUAAAAAAUUAAGCCAAAACCACCCACACAGCUGGUGUAAAUAUCUGGUGUUGACAUGUUUUUAGCCCCAUGCAGGAGGGGUUGGUCAGUAGAGCUGAUGUUUUAUCAUUGAAAGACCUUUUCACUUACCAUUAAGUCACCUGUUACAUGUUGCACUCUCAGGCAUGCAUGUUUUCCAUAAUAUACUUGUCAUCAGCCUCUCCAGUUCACUUUGGUAAGUUUCACUGAAUAUGAGCUGCUGUGUUUCCACAUCAAAUCACACUGACCUGCUAGGCCCAGAGUAAGAUUUCCAAGCAAAGUCAAAGUCUGUGUUAGCAUGUAGGCUGUUGUGUUCACACCUGCAGCUUUCCAUGAUUAUUCAGAAAGUUUCCUGUAGCUAUGUGCAUGUGUUGGGGGGAAAAAAAAAACAGCUAAAGAAAAACAUCUGCGUAAUAAGACGCUUGAAAGAUAUAUUCUUUCAACCCGAUUUUAGGUCUGAUGUAUGUCCCAUCUUUUUCAUAAAGAUGUCAGCCACUAGAGAGAGCUUCAAAUGUCUUGGUUUCACCUUUGGGGAGCUGGCCUAUUGUCCAUCUUCAUAUACAGUCUAUGGAGUAUGUAAAAAAAAAAGACCAAGUAGAUUUGAUUUCUUUAGUUUAAUUAUACUAUAUCAUUCUCCUUUUGUCCGUAAGGAGCAUUAAAUGAGGCUUCUGUUAUCUUUGAGAGCACUCAGACCCUGAAGCAGAAAGCCUGGGUUAACAGAGAGCUCAUUGGUAUGUGAUUUUCCUGAUUUCCUCUGACUGUGGCUUCAGGUUUUAGUUUUAUUAACCAGCUCCCUCAAACUAAGCCUGGGUUUGUCAAACACUGUAAACACUGAACGUGACCGCUGAUGACAGCUGUGAAGUCUGAGUGAGCACAGAUUUUACUAAUGAAACUGUAACGUAAAUGUGAUGCUACUUUAAAAACCUUGAUUGAGAUUAUUUUAUAAAACUAAUUUAAUGGAGAGUAGUUUUUAUAAUUAUGCUAUGAUUUACUUUGUUUAUGUACACACACACACACAAAAAGAUCAGAGAAUCCAGCCACAGUAUUUUUCCAAAUUCAGACUGAAGCUACAUUUGUAAUGACUAGUGAAAAGACAGUCCACAGAUUCUGAAACAUCAGGAAAUGGAUGAGACGUAUUAGUUUACAGUAGUGUUCAGACUAAAAGCAUAUGGAACUGUUAGACUGUACUCUAGGGUGCAGCCAACAAUCUGUCCUAGAUCACACAUUUAAACUUAAGAAACUGAUCUGCUUCAUGUUUCCCUUAUUGAUCAGCACUGAGAUUUUUCUGACUUCCCUGAAUACAUCAGAAAUAAUCAACCAGACCUCUGCUCAACAAAAACAAACGUUUCAAAAGUUGCUAGAGGAUAGUCCCAAUGAAGUUUGACAUCUAACUAUUUACUAAUCUACACCAUACUCAUAGUUAAGUCAGUGUGACUUAACUGUGAAAUUCAGACCAGCAGCAUGAGCACUCCAAGAAAAGACCUUUAAAUGUAUUUAAAUGACAAGACAGUAAGAUUUGUUUGGGUGUAUCUUUAAGAAGUGUUCAGGAGAACAGUCCCUAUGAAACUUAUAUUUACAGUAAAACUAAGACUUAGCAGAAAACAGAGAAAUGGGAACUCUGGCAAGGGACGAAACCAACUUAAGAUCUGUAAACUGCAAUGAAAUGGCAUUAACACUUUUUUUUCUCUGGUGCAUCCUGCGGUAAUAGUACUGCAGCUCCUGUACAACUGAAGUUUACUGUGAAACACUCCUUUUUUUUUAAAUAUAUUUUUAAUUUUUCAUUCAGAAACAGAUUUUACUCUGACCAGGUUUAAUGUUUUUGGGCUCCUAAAUUGAAUACUAGAAACUGCAGGACAAAUUUUAAUUAGCAUGAUGAUUCCAAAGCAUGUUUGCAUCUUCAAGCUCUGGUCCUAAUAUAAGUAACAUUCCACUGUCCAUACUCUCCAUGUAUUUAUUUUGGAACAUGUGUCCUUAACAUGUUUUAUCUUUUUAUUUUUGACCACUUUUGGGGAGAUUUGAUGGACUUCUCCAGAUUUAGUUCCAUUUCUUUCUUUCUUUAACAUUCCUGAUGAAGAUUGUGUGCAGUAGACAUUUUUUAAGAUGCUGUAAGUUUAUUCCUCAAAUCCUGGAUUUGUUACUAAAAUUGUUUUUAUCUUCAGUAUUGUACACUUUGGUCAUGUUACAUUUCUUUUUUGGCUGGUUUGGACAUUUAUAAAUCUACUCCUCUCUGUGACUGGAGAAAAAUCUGAUGACAACACCUCAGAGAUGUCUGCCUGUUUUUGUUAUUCAUGCAAUAAAGAUAUGGACAUGAAGACUGUAAA